CGGUGCAGCAGUGCAGAAAUGUUUGAGCAGUGGAUCAUAGCAAUGACUGUUCUCCUUACUCUCUUUCAUCCAAAACUUACGGAAUCCUCCUCAAACUGUGAGGAUAAUAAAAUGUGUGACUGCCUCAUCGAAGACAGGAACAUACCAAUAAAAACAGUGGAUAAAAAUGCAACAGUCUUCUGCCCGGACUUGGAAGAGGAUGAAGAACUCAUAUCUACCAGUUUACACAAGGGAGAGACUGAACUGCACUUUGUUGACAUAAGAAACAAGAGUUACCAAUCAUGGCAGCGGUUUCAGAUGUCCUUCCAAAACUCCACUGUCUUCUAUAUGAUUCAGGGAACUGUAGAUAAUGAUACAGGAAUCUACAGCUGCACAAUACACACUAAGAUCAGGACAAAAACGAAACAGACUGUACUGCUCAUUAAAGAUGCUCAGCAGCCCUCAGAACCAUCACCCACCUGUCAUACACUGCCAUUGAGUGUUGGCUGUGGGGUUGUUAUUUUAUACAACCUGUUAAUUACAGCUGUUGUCUUUUUUCUUAGUGUGAGUAUCCAUAUCUGCAAUCACACACACCCACACACACCCACACAUGUUGGUGCGGCUAUCCUUAUGACGACUCUCCAUAGACAUAAUGAUUUUUAUACUGUACAAAUGAUAGAUUCUGUCCCAUAACCCUCACAAAAAACUUUCUGCAUUUUUACAUUUUCAAUAAAACAUAGUUUAGUAUGUUUUUUAAGUGAUAUAAAUUACAGGGACACAAGAAAUGUCCUCAUAAACCACAUUUAUAGACUAAACCCUUGUAAUUACCAGUUUGUAUCCUAAAAAACAACUGGUAAUUACCCCCACACACACGCCUAUUGAAAAAACCAGCAUAGCCUGUCACCAGUAUAUGUAGAGUAUUGGAAGCUGGUUUUCAUGGUGUGCCCAGCAUGCUUCUUAACUAUCUUAAUAAGCAUGCUUCACCGGAAAGAAUAUACUAGUUGUCCACCCUCACCAGCUAAGAUUUCCUGUUGACCAGCAUCAAACCAGCAUAAACCAGCAUGGAAAACUAUGCUGAUCUAAACAGUUUUUUCAGCAGGGACAACAUGUCCUAUAUAAUUAAUACAAAGCAUGUAUUCUGCAACAUGGUUCUAUUAAAGUUUUGGCUAUUAGUCCAAGUUUAUUAGCUUUGAAUCUAAAUGCUAGAGAACUCCUGAAAGUUGACAAAUGCAACCUUUGGUAGAUUGAUAAUCUAAAAAGAUUGUUUUCAUGAAGAUAUACUAUUUAAAAACUGCACAUUCAUUAUAUCUAAUCAUGUAAAUUCAUGUUCAGCUCUCAUGUAUCAAGAUUUGACAAGACUGACUUUUUCAAG